CCCAGUUGUACCUGAAUGCGAGCGGCCCUGUCGAGAGUGCACGCGUGCAGUUCGUCCCAUGCAUUCGCCUCACCGAGGAAGAUCAAAGAUGGCGGCCUGACUCCGGCCGGAAUUUCGAGUGCGACGCCUCGAUAGGGCUCGCCGAGUUGGUUUAUCGAUACGGACACGUUCUCUUGGUUCCGGAAGAGGUGAACGCUGACGCGAGAAUAGGACGAAAGGAUAGUUGGGCCGGUUCACGGGACCCGAAGAGGGGACGAUGCGAUAAAGAUUGGGGAGGGCACGAGAAAGACUUGUCCCAACGGGAUUGGUGGUGGAUAGAAUUUAGGGGCUGUAGCUCGUUGCCGCGCGGUUCACGAAAUUAGAUUCUUGACUUUUCUUGGGGUAGAAUUAUGUCACUAUGAAUGAACGUAGUAAUGGUUUCUUGGGGAGAUCUAGAGCUUUGUUGAUACGAGGCACUUUGCAUAGAUAUCCAUGUUCAUGAGACAUUUGGCGAAAUAUAUUUCCAGGCCGGAUUUUUUAAGACUUUGAAAUUGUGGGGCCUUGAAGCAGCUUGGCAGUUAAUGCUUCUUUUUAAGUAAAUGUACGGGGUUCUUGGAUGCGUGCAAAGAUUAUUGUAAAAUCGAUAGUUAAAGUAGAGUAGUGAAAUCGAGAUCCAGGUGGGAACCUUGAAAUGUUCCUGCUGACGACAACAGCGGUUCGUUUUUAAGAACGAGGCGGCCAAUUGGAAGUUAAUAAUUAAUGCCUUGUGUAUCGAUCAUUAAUUUAAAUCCCUGACAGCUAUGAGUCCAAGAUUAUGUAAUAUGUAUUAUGCAUUUUAAAUCACUUCCGUUCGAUGUGGCAUUAUUGCCGAUAAUUUUAAGAGUCCUUUACUAGCAUCGAGCGUUUUGCCCAGGUUUCAAACUCAAAUUUAAUUGUAGGCGUAAACAGGGAAAUUGCAUCUACGGAUACCUGGACGCGAAGGAAGAGUUCACUAAUUGGUAGAAUCUUUACGCCGAAAAACAAGAGUUUGCAUCUUCUGACAUCUUAGACUUCAUUUUAGAAGUCUUGGAAAGUGCAUCGGGGACGCAAUACCAAUUGUUCCUCCCUAUCGAUUAAAGUCACAAGAAUUCUCCUCCGAUGAAAAGCAUCAUUUAUUCGGCAUCAAAAGCCAAUAGCUUCAACGUUCGCCCUAUCUUCCCGGAACCCUAGAGACUUUAAUGGCUAAUAUCAGAGACGGAUCGUUCAUUAGCUCGAACGAUGGAGGUUGAAAGAACAUUUCGCCUGAGGAAAACCAGUUAAACGAGACCAAGCGGUAGUGUUGCCCUUGCGACGUUUGGACGUUGUUCGUUUGCAACGCGGAGGGUGUCCAGUUCGGUUUAUUGCAGAGGGGACUCGUCACCGAGAAGAUCAUCAUCGAAAGCCUGUCCAUGACAUGACAAAGAAUCUGUCUGAAGGCAGCAGUUCCCCCUCGGACACAUUAGACCUGAGCUCGCAACCUCAGCUUCACAACAACACCGUCGGCGUCUUCGGCCUCGCGACAUCCGGUCCCCAGGAAGUUGUGAUGAAAGAGAAAAGCAAAAACGCGGCGCGGACGCGCCGCGAGAAGGAGAACACCGAAUUCGUCGAGCUUGGGAAUCUGCUACCACUUCCUCACUCCACCACCAAACAAUUGGACAAAGCCAGCAUAAUCAGACUAACGACUAGCUACUUGAAGAUGAGAGACGUGUUUCCGAACGGUCUUGGAGAUGAGUGGGGGGCGGUUCGACCACCAAACAAUGCCCGAGAAACUGCAAUCAGGGAAUUAGGGUACCAUCUAUUGCAGACUUUGGAAGGAUUCAUAUUCGUGGUGGCUCCGAAUGGGAAAAUUAUGUACAUCAGCGAGACGGCCAGCGUACACUUGGGACUGUCCCAGGUGGAAAUGACGGGAAGCAGCAUCUACGAAUACCUUCAUCCAUGGGACAGAAACGAAAUGUUGGCAGUUUUGAGUUUGGAACCACCCACGGAUGGUUCCAGUGGAGGCACGAGCGUUCCUUUGCCUCCUCCGAACGCUCGAGGUGACAUCGAAUUAGAACGAGCUUUCUUCGUCAGAAUGAAAUGCAAUCUCGCCAAAAGAAACGCUGGCCUGACUUCGGGAGGAUUCAAGGUCAUACAUUGUUCGGGCUACCUCAAAGUGAAGCAGUACAAUUUAGGUGGUGGUGUUGGUUCGGAAUACGAAGAAGGAGGGGUUGGACUACAAAAUGUUGGACUGGUGGCCGUUGGCCAUUCUUUGCCAUCGAGUGCCGUUACGGAGAUCAAACUCCACAACAACAUGUUCAUGUUCCGAGCGUCGUUGGAUUUGAAGCUCACGUAUGCGGACCAGAGAGCAUCGGAAUUGACCGGUUACGAUGUUCAAGAACUGAUCGAGAAAACGCUCUACCAUUUCGUACACGGAUGCGACGUCAUGCACAUGCGGUACGCUCAUCAGAUACUGAUAUUCAAGGGUCAAGUGACGACAAGGUACUACAGGUUCUUGACCAAAUCUGGGGGUUGGAUCUGGAUGCAAUCGUAUGCCACUAUGGUUUACAAUACCCGAAGUUCCAGGCGACACUGCAUAGUUUCCGUGAACUAUGUGCUCUCCGAACGAGAGGCAGCCGAAUUGGUGCUCAACGAGGAGCAAACGUCGUCCUCGAGCUCGGGAAACCCACCUAGUGCACCUUUGUCCACUUGUACGCCCAGUAGCGUCAAUAGCGACUUGGAGAACCACAGUCCGAGUUCACCGUAUAAAAAGAGACAGAUAAUCGAGCCUCCGGAUACGGAAUACACAGAUAGUUCAAGGUUCUCUAACUCGGACUACCUCUGCAGCAAUGCCGAUUAUGCCCGAUACAUAUGCUCUCCCUAUACCAACCACAGCACCAACAGUGCUGCUCACGAAGAUGGAACUUACUACCCUGCGGAAAUGUUCUUCCAGUACGGAGGCAUCCAACACGAGCCCUUGACCCCGUUGCAACAGCAGCAGCAACAACAUCCCCAUCUGGUUCAUCAUGCUAAUUCGGUAGGCGCUGUGCAGCAACAACAUAGUCCCCAGACUCAGCAAAAGAGGCCCUACUCUGCGUCCUCCAGUUCUGGCAGUUCGGAUGCCUCGGAGUCCCAUCUAGCCAGUCCACUAGGACUGCCUUCCCUUUCGGCAGGAUACCAUGCCCCACAUCAUCAUCUUCUGGACACCAGCACUUCCCCGACCAACGUCAAUGAGGCAAGUACUGUCAUGUUUUCCAACUGCGGCUUCAACAACAACUCGUACAGUUCGCCCACCGUGAGUUUGGGGCACCAUGAGACGUACUCGCCGCAUUCUGGCCAUCACGGAACGGGACAUCUACAAUCUCACCAGGUAGAACACCUGGAGACGCCAGGAUAUACGAGUGUAAUCGUGGAUUCCCAGCAGUAUAGUCCUGGACACAUCCAGCCGUUGCACGGCCAUGCCCACGCGGCUGUCCCACCGACCGAGAAACCUCCUUUGGCUACUCAUCAGCAUCAUCACGAGGCACAUCACCAGUUCGUUCACUGACCCACGGCUGGGGUGAUAACAUAGCACAAUGAAACCGUCGACGGUAGCGGUGCUUCAUCAGCACUUGCUGCCACCAAAGAGACGAGUCGAAUCGUUAGCUGGAUAAUCGGCCCGAUUAUCAAUUGGACGAUGAGUGGGAUCGUCAGUCCAAUCAUCAGUUGGAUGAUCGGCUUUAUCCUCAGAAAAUAAGAGGUCGGAUUCGGCUUGAUGACGAGCGCAGAUCUCAAAGGAUCCGUCGGUGACGCAUUACCACGAGGCUGGCCAUCGGCGGAUUCGAAAUACGUAGGAGUGGUGAUAUCCGUGUGUUAUGAAAAUAUGACGGAUUAAUUGGAUUCCAUAGUUCGGUCCAAUCCUUUCCCUUUGAACGGUGUACCCAUUCGGUGGCUCUGUCGUUUCGGGAGCUACAAUAUCCUGAUAGCUAAUAUGGAAGUGACGUUACCAUGACCCCAAACUGUAACUUCAACGCUGCUUGCGGUCUUGGACAAUCACUAAUCAUGGACGUUAGGAGAUGAAUUAACCUGGUUGUAUAAAUGUUUCAGUAGACUCCUAACCCAUACUCCAGGAUCGAUCUCAUCGCUCUAAUAGAAAUGUAGUUGUUCGGUCAGAUUCCAAGGAGAUUAGGUGAACUCUUUUCGUUCUUGUCUGGUACCGAGUAGUUCCGUCAUCAUCAUCGCCCCCGGACUUCUUAGCUAAUUCUUCUUGCCUGGCACUAACUAAAGAUAGCCAUAGAUAACUUAACUAAAGAUGAACCUUUGUCGAUACGUCGCUAAGUCGUUCGUUAUCGGUAUGUUGUUCUCCAAUUGCACUCGAUAAUCAUGUAGAAGAGACCGUUUCACCCUGGAUUUGGUUGUUGUACGUCUUUCGGGUUAUUACGGGUUAAUUAUUUCCAAACCAGGUUCGAUUAUUAGGUGAUCAGUCCAUGUCUCAGCUCCGUUGUGUGGCAAAGCAUUAGCGACGUUUAAGUAUCACGUGGAAAUCGAUCGUUGGUGCGUUAGCUGGUUAAUUGACAUACUGUCGAUAGGUCAUCCUAAUUUCAUCAAAUGAAACGACCAGCUGAGCAUUGAUGAUGGCGCUCUGUUCAUCCAUCACAAAAAACGAAGAGCAGGCAAAAAUUCAAUCAAAUCCCAAUAAACUCUUGAAUUCCAGUGUUCGGAUUCCUCUUUGAAGGAUUUCCACUUCCAUAUGCAGCAAUCAACGACAUUUCCCAGUUGGACAGGACUUGCAGUCUCUGUCACGUUGCCAAAGCUCUUUACAAGCCCAAGUAUAGUAACAUCUGAGGCCGUCGCAUCCCAGUUAAAGACCUUGUCAUUAUAAUUUAUUCCAUGGCGUUAUUAUAAACGUGUACAUACGUUUGUUUGAUAUACCGUAACGUGGCGAUGGCGAUACUUUGAUUAAAUCCGGAGUGCAUUACUUUGCACUUUUUCGUCAUUUUCCGGGUAACCGGGAUCGAUUUCUCAGGGAGGAAAAAAUAUGGGAAGUCGAACGUCGCGUUAAGUAUUUUUCUACUAAGUAUUACAUAUUUAUCGAAAUUCUAGGAGUCGUUGUAAGGUCGGAGGGGAAUAUCGAUUACUACGGUGAAUCGGGAUUCUAACGAGAGCUGGUCCCAUUUGUAGAUAUAUUUAUUCGUUCACCCUUUUUGCAAUUGUAUCGGAAUCUAUUAAUUUCAUAAUUCUCAAUUUCUCUAAGGAACACCAUGUAAUUUUAGACGGUACAAUCGGUGUGGUCGAAGAGAACAUUAUUGUGUCAACACAGGUGUCCAUGUAUGUGCAGAUUACGUUUUCAUGACCAGGAAAGAUCAUGAGGAUUCUAUGUUUUUUUUUUGUUUUUCAUUUUUCACUAAGGAACUUGUCAUCAAAAAGUACAUAAUUCAGUUGUUUAAGGUGUUUUAAAUAUUACACGAAAAAUCUGGCUCACGGUUGAAAAGUGAUAUUGGCAAUUUACUGGAUAGGACGGCAAAGAUUGCGAUUACUCUUAGAAGUACCGCUCCUCUUGACUUCCCAGUUACGCGUUAAGUAUCAGCUUAUUUAAGCAUUUAGUUUAAUUAACUGUCUUGUCAAGCGCGUUAAAUGUCUCCGAUAGCUGAAGGGAGAUGCGAAGUAUCGCGUUUUUUGUUUCCUAGCACUUGGGCAUCACGGUCGAUUGCGUAAUUAGAGCCCGAACUCGACUUGCACCGAGGGUGUACGGAGCCUGUUCGUCCCACCCUCCGAGAACGCCUCGGGGUAACACAAAUUGCUGUAAACGAGCAGGCUCGUAGUUGAAUCGAAUCGGCGAGAAGAAGAGACAUCCGACCAAUUUUUGUUCCUUGCGAAGAAGAAAACGUCUCACGAAAUUCAGUUUUGUUCGCAUUCAGAGACAGCGGAAUUUCAAAGACGAAAAACCUUAAUAAAAGUUCACCGGAAAUUGAACGGUUGAUCGAAGAAAUUGUUGUUUCAAGUCGAUCGUCGGUCGGAGAAAGUGCAUGUUUCCUUUUCGCCCGAAGUUAUGUACACCGGAGCCCAAAAAAUUGUUGUUGAUCUCGCGCUGGUCGCGGGACCAACUUGCAUGUUGUUCAUAAUAUUAAUAAGAGUGCAAGCGACGCUGUUAAAAAUGUUUACGCGAGGGUGCCACAGGAAGUGAGGAACUACUUGGAUAUUUUUUAUGCAGUUGCACGUUGUACUCUUUUGCGACUUUUCCUUCCGUUCCUCGAGGUGUAUAAAAUUCAUCAAAUCGGCUGUCGCGAGUUUGACCGACUCGACGCGACAAAAGUUCGUUCACGUUGAAUUUCCUAACCUUCGGCCAAUAGAAUAUCCAAAAUGUAUUAAAUUGCGAGACAUUUUUAACAGUGCACGGUCGAAUAUACGAGGUACUCCGCGAAAGAGUACCCGUAAAUUGCGAAAUCGCGGACAGGUUCGCUGCAAUUGUAAAUAACGAGAAUUCUCGGCACUCGCCCAAAUGGCGAAUUUCGCAGAUAUGUAAAUAACGUAGUUCCAUGAAUUAAUUAGUUUAUUUAGGCAACGACGACACAACGUGUACAUAUUAUAUCCUUGAAUAGAUCCGAAGACUGACCGGUGCUUGUGCCAACCGACCAAAGAUAUGCCGUUUUAAUAAUAAUGAUAAUAAUAAUAAUAUUGAUAAUAAUAAAAAGAAGAAGAUGAGGUAAUUAUUAUAUUUUUAUCCGCGUUUAUUUAAUGAACAGUUAGUAUACGGGAGAGGCGCUGAGGACGUGAGUAAAUGACGUAUCCAAAUAUUAUACCAGACGACGACCAUAGAAUAUUUUAAUAUAAAGUAUCUAGUGAUAUCACAUUCUUGUCACAUCCUCUCUUGCCAUCGCGGACGAAUCAUGCGCUAGUAAUAAUAGAAAAAUGCCACGAAUAACUUGAGAAUGCGAAUUCGCGCGAAAGGAACUCGCGUUUAUGUAUUGAAACUAUUUAUGUUAACGCAAAGUACGAGAGUAUGACAAUUCAUUUAGUACGGAAAAAUUAUGAUACGAGGACCUUAUUACUUAAGUUGUGUACAUAUUGUAAAGUUGCGAUGCACAGUAGAUGCCUAUAUAUAUACAUAUAUAGGCCAUAUAUAUAUGUAUAUAUAUAUAGUGAAAAUAUAUCCUAUUCUCCUCUGA